AUGCGAAACCCGCCGGUGGGGUCCUUGCACCUCUGUCGGUGGCUCUGCGCUGGCGAUUUGGACUCGAUCCGAGGAGGAGCGCCUGCUUCUGGCUCCGGUCUUCCCCAGUGCGCAGGCAGACCCUGUUUACUCUCGGGCUCCCGUCAGCCUCUCGCGCCUGCAGCGAACUUCUCGCCUUGCCGCCGGUGCGCUCCGGUGCCCGUUGCUUCGUGCUGGGAACUUCGGGGGUUUGCUGAAUUUCUGGAUUAUGUCCCUGCUGAGCCGGUCAGCGGGGAGCUGAGCAGGGGAGGAAGAAUGCGGGUCUAUUUAAUGGUCUUCUGCCUUAUUUGCUGCACCGCGAACGGGCAAGUAGUGUAUUCCAUCGCUGAGGAAACAGAGCGUGGAGCGUCUGUUGGGAACAUAGCGAAGGAUUUAGGAAUAGAUGCAGCUACACUUUCAGCUCGGAAAUUUCGUAUGAUCACCGGUUCAAGUAAGCAAUAUUUUAAUAUAAAUGCAAGCACGGGGGCUUUGUCUGUUAAUGAGCCCAUAGACAGAGAGCAGCUUUGUGAAUUAAAGUCUGUCUGUCUUCUGAAUUAUGAACUCGUCUUAGAAAACCCUCUAGAGCUUUAUAGGAUGGAAUUUAAAGUCUUGGACAUAAAUGACAAUUCCCCCAGCUUUCCCUUAGGUGAAUAUCAUAUAAACGUGCCUGAGUUCCUGUCACCUGGGGCACGGUUUACACUCCCCAGCGCCCAAGAUCUUGAUGAAGGUACCAACAGUGUCCAGAAUUACACUCUGAGCCCUGAUGAACAUUUCAGUUUGGAAAUGCAGACACGCGGGGAUGGGAGUAAAUAUCCUGAAUUGGUGCUGAAGAAAGCCUUAGACAGGGAGCAGCAAGCCACUCACAGACUUGUCCUUACAGCCAAAGAUGGUGGGGAUCCUCCAAAGUCCGGUGAUGUCCCAGUCAUUGUGACUGUGCUGGAUACCAAUGACAAUGCACCAGAAUUUGAGCACUCGGUCUACAGGGCGAGUAUCUUGGAAAACUCCCCCAGUGGCACUUUGGUAGUGCAAGUGCAUGCCACAGACUUGGAUGAAGGUCCAAAUGGAGAGGUCAGGUAUUCAUUUAGCAAUACUACUUCUGCUGAUGUACAGCGAAUGUUCUUAAUUCACCCGCACACUGGGGAGGUGACAGUCAAUGGCGUUUUAGCUGUUCAGAGACCUCUCCUUGAGAUGCUUAUUGAGGCAAGGGAUAACGGGGCGUUUGGCAUGUCCAGCACAGCUGAACUGCUGGUGGAAAUCACUGAUGUGAACAAUCAUGGCCCAGAGAUAACAAUUACAUCCCUUUCCAGUCCCAUUCCUGAGGAUGCUGUUCCUGGCACAGUGAUAGCUCUGCUGAGUAUUAUGGAUAAGGACCCUGGGGAGAAUGGGAAAGUAACCUGCCAGAUCCCUGAUAACCUUCCCUUCCAGUUAAAGCCUUCCCUUGAAAACUACUACAGCCUUGUCACCAGUGAGCUUCUGGACCGAGAGCUGAUCAGUGGGUACAACAUCACCAUUACUGCCACAGACUUGGGCUCUCCACCUAUCACCACUCAGAAGACCCUUUGGGUGCAGAUUUCUGAUGUGAAUGAUAACGCCCCUGUCUUCAGUGCUGACACGUUUGAUGUGUUUGUGGAAGAGAACAAUCCACUUGGUGCUUUUCUCUACCAAGUCUCAGCAUCUGACCCGGAUGUGGGGGAGAACGGACGGGUCUCUUACAUGCUCAGGAAUUCCACAGUUGCAGGCAGUGCCCUGGCCAGCCUUUUAUCUGUGAGCUUGGCUAAUGGGAGCAUCUAUGCAAAACGUGCCUUUGACUUUGAGCAGCUUAGGAGCUUCUAUUUCCAAGUGGAAGCCAAGGACAAUGGGUCACCAGUCUUGAGUGCUGCCAUAACUGUGAAUGUUUACAUCUCAGACCAGAAUGACAAUGCCCCAGCCAUCCUGUACCCUAUCAGCCAGAAUGGCUCAGUAGCUGUGGAAGUUGUGCCCCGCCUGGCUGAUGAGGACUACCUGGUGACCAAAGUAGUGGCGGAUGAUGAGGACAACGCGCAGAAUGCCUGGCUCUCCUAUCACCUCGCCCAAUCCUCCGACUCCACCUUGUUCCACUUGGCACCACACUCUGGUGAGCUGCGCACCACGCGCUCCAUGCGUUCCACUGACUUCCUCAAGCACAAGGUGGUUGUGGUGGUGCGGGACCAUGGGGAUCCACCACUCUCCUCUACUGUGACGGUGGGCAUCCUGCUGGCUGACACCCUGCCUCAGGCACUGCCAGACUUCGAUGACAGUGGGGAGCCACCACCACUGCUCAAUGCUACAAACAUCUACUUGAUCAUUUCCCUUGCUUGUGUCUCCUGCAUCUUUGUGGCAUUCCUCCUCUUUCUUGCCGUUGUGCAGCUGUGCCGCUGCCGGACUUGCUGCUGCAGCGGCUGCUGCUGCCCAGCUGAUGAGUAUGAAAAGUAUUGCUAUAGUGUGCACAUGCUUCCCAGCUCCCACCUCCCACCAGACAUGCUGGAGGUCACUGGUGUGGGUAAACUGACUCACACCUACUUGUACAGGGCAUCUGUAGGUCUUGGGCCUAGUAACAGCAGCAUCCCAAAUGAUGAUGCUGGGAACAUUCCCAGCAGCUCAAGGUUACAGGUGCUAGGACCUUGCAUCCAAGUGCAGCAGGUCCAAAGUGAUCGGUUGAGUGCUGUCCUUGUGGUUACAUCCAAAAAUAGACACAAACCUAGCAAUGGAGACUAUUUCUUGCUAAACUGUAGUAGGAGUGGAAUCAUUUUACGCAUUUCCAGCGGCAAGAAUGGAUACACUUACAUUGACACAAUGGCACGCAAUCUAGGCUGA